CUCCUCUCCUCUCCUACUCUCUUUGCGCACCAUGCUCUCUCCCAUCUCAGGUCUGAUUUGCUCACUCGUGCUCAAAUAGCUUGUGCAGUUCUAUCUCCACCGACUCCAAUGCGUGCAACCGCGCUGAUGGGUUUGAAAAUUGAAGUAGCCUAGUUUUGAUAACGUAAUGGAAAUAAUUUUCUAAUAACACCUGUAGAGAGAUUGUGCUCUGAGGAACAAUUCUGAGGAGGACAAUAUCCAUAUACAUUCAACGUUUAAUUUUGAAAAAAUAACCGAAUGAUUUUCUAUACCUUCAUGGAUGACGAGAACAUUCGUGAAAACGCUCACCAACACGGAUUAGUGUUACGGUAAUGUUCUUUAAAUUGGAUAUAUGUUUCUGGACUUUUAAUAAUACCAAGACUGUGCGCUCUUCUUCUUCGAGUCUCUUCUUAUAUGCGCUAGAGAAGCUGAAAGGAAGGGGUGGAAGGACAGCACAAUGAGGGGCAAAUACUUUAUACUGGGUUACUUGUUGGUCAAAGUUAUGGCGCUGGUUUGCAAGGCGGACGGAGAACCAGGACAACUGGAGGGCUUUGUCAUGAUGACGACGUGCAACGGAUCCAGGGAGGACGAGGGUGCAGGCUUCUCGGAGCCCCCGCACACGGAGGACAGGUGCCGGGGGUACUACGAUGUGAUGGGCCAGUGGGACCCGCCGUUCGUUUGUAAAACGGGCGAUUAUCUGUACUGCUGCGGCACCUGUGGCUUUCGGUUCUGCUGCUCCUACAAGACCUCGCGGUUGGAUCAGAGCACCUGUAAAAACUACGACACUCCGGUGUGGAUGAUGACAGGUCAAACCCCGUUUAAGAAAAACGACCUUCGGCACGACCCUACCAAAGAUAAAACUAAUUUAAUCGUGUAUAUCAUCUGUGGAGUAGUGGCUAUCAUGGCACUUGUUGGGAUAUUCACCAAACUCGGCCUGGAAAAGGCGCACCGACCCCAGAGAGAGAAUAUGACUAGGGCUGUCCAGAGUGUGUUACAGGUCGGUUGUCCAGGUGAGCAGUUCCAGGGGGAGGACACCCUCGGCAUGCACGCACAGAACUAUGACACAAGGGCCAACAACCUCCAGGGAGGUCAGAUGAACAACAAUGUGGGUCCAGGUCCCACCAUGGGCCAGCCACACCCCUACCCUGCUCUGAGCCAGAACCGACCUGGGAAGGAACUCAACAAGUACGCCUCUCUCAAGCUCGUAGCGGCCAAGUCCAACGGUGACUUCUACAACAAACCGCGUCUGAUGAUGGAGCUGCCGUCCAAAGGAGGCCUCCCCCUCCAACACAUGAACCCUAUGCGACCUAUGAACCCCAUGACCAACAACGCUAUGUCCCACAACCCAAUGAAUAACCCCACCUUGACCCACAAUCCAAUGAACAACCCCAUGGCGCACAACAACCCCAUGGCCCACAACAACCCCAUGGCCCACAACAACCCCAUGCCCCACAACAACCCCAUGGCCCACAACAACCCCAUGGCCCACAACAACCCCAUGGCCCACAUCAACCCCAUGCCCCACAACAACCCCAUGCCCCACAACAACCCCAUGGCCCACAACAACCCCAUGCCCCACAUCAACCCCAUGGCCCACACCAAACCCAUGUCCCACAUCAACCCCAUGGCCCACAACAACUCCAUGGCCCACAACAACCCCAUGGCCCACAACAACUCCAUGGCCCACAACAACUCCAUGGCCCACAACAACCCCAUGGCUCACAAAAACCCCAUUGCCCACAACAACUCCAUGGCCCACAACAACUCCAUGGCCCACAACAACCCUUUGAGUCCCAUCAGCACCCUGGGAUCCCUGGGCCCCAAGCCAGUGGCCACCUACAUCACAGAGAUGCCCAGCAGUUUGCCCAUCCUAUCCAGCAGCUACCAGGGCUCCACCAUGCUGACCGCACCCAAGCAGAACGGACAGAAGCCCCAAAGACUCAGCAACAGUGGUGACAGGCUCAGUAAUAAAGGUCCAGGAGCCAUGACCAUGUCCAGCAUGACUAGAACAGGGACUUUCCCGGGGCCUCACCACCACAUCGGGAUGGUUCCUGGUCCUCACCACCACACCGGGACGGUUCCUGGUCCUCACCACCAACAACACCACCAACAUCAGCAGCAACAACACCACUCGCUUGCCUACAGCUCCAACACCAUCGCAGUCCCCAGGGGGAUGGGGGGAGGAAUGGGGCCGAAGGGCUGGGACGGGACUGAGACGGUGGGUAGGAGGAAGGGUUACGGCUCCAAGAGGCCCCAGUGCACGGUGGAGCAGAUCAACGAGCUGCACAGUCAGUCCCGCUCCCAGAGCCACAGUCAGCACUUCCUGCCCACUCAGCCUUACUUUGUGACCAACAGUAAGACGGAGGUGACUGUGUGAGAGAGUGGGAGAAGGGGACGAUAGUCUCCAAAGCAGAGUCACCUAUUAGGCAGAGCGGGAGAGGACAGAGAUGUGUAAGGCCCUGGUUGUGGUGUGUCCUGGUAGUGGGGGCCAGAACAGAGCACCCUGGUGGUGUGGCAGUGUGCUUGCAUUUGUCGUCCAGUAUGAGUGGAUCACUGCACAAGUGACUCUCAGUCAAUCCUACACAGACCCUCAGUCAUGGGAGGGGGGCGGGAUGGUAUAUUCAUGACAACGUCCAACAGAAGUAUCAAAUUCAUUGUGUGUGUUAUAAUAUAUCCUGUGUAAUGGUACCAUAAUCAACCAAUGACAGUGAAACGUGAAUACAGCAACAGCAAAAGGAAACAUGAGAUUGCCAUGGAUUGCGUUACCAAAUCCGACAAGCAAUAUGAGAUCUAUGGACACCGCAAUGGCUGGAGCUAAAACAUUGAGUCGGGAAACAACAAACUGUGGGGAAGGAAAGGACAUUCAUUAAAGCCGCUCUCUCCUACAAAGCCAUUUAAUUGGUCACAGUUUUAGGGCUAUGGGUUAUGGGCUUUGGGCUACGAACAUUAUGGGCUUUCUUCUGCUCUUGUAACCUUGAAACUCACUCGGUCGUCAACAUAUUCUGGAGAUUAUUGUCCUGUAUAUUUGAAGAACAGUACUUGAUCACUGCUGGCCCGAAGGCAAGGAGGCAGAAGCAUCACUUGGAGGACAGUACUGUACACCUGAAAAACGCAUCAGUCCUAAUGCUGUUCACACAGAGAAUCUGUGAUCCAAUAUUUAAAAGUGUGACUACAGACCAUGGCCAGUUGUAGUGAUACCGCCAUCUUUUAACAUGUUCCUUUUUCUCUCUCUUUCAUUCUAUCUAUCCCUCUUAGAAAAGACAAACUUCAGGUAAAGAAAAUGUAAAAAGAGAGCUAAAUGUGGUUCUGAAUCAUUUCUGUUCUACGGUGUAUGGUCGAGGCCCCGAUAAUAACUAUGAAACCCUACUGAGAGAUUUUCCCCCUGAAGUGUCAUCCCUCAUGUGUAUUAUUGCUACAGAAUAUUGUGAUUAAUACAAUGUGCCAAAAAAAUGUA